AUGGAAGAAAGAAAGUGGGAGAAUUUAGAGCUUGACUGUUUAGCGAAUGCGUUUGGAAGGGUGGGAAUGGAAUCACUUCUGCUGGAUGUCCCUUUUGUGUGCAAGUCAUGGUACAAAGCCAGCCUCGAUCCUUCCUGUUGGAAGCGGCUUGUUUUUCCUCGAAAUAUUGAAUCAGAUUGGAUGACUACUGGUGUUCUCUUACUGGAUAGAUUUAUGGAAGAAUAUAAAAUUGGAAACUGUUCUGUCGAUGCAUUUGUUAAAUUUAUAGUUGGUCGUAGCCAUGGGAAUUGCACUUGUCUUCUUCUCCCAAGUGGCUGUACACAAGAAGUUAUAAAGUACAUUGCUGAUGAAUGUCCUGCCUUGAUAUCUCUGUCAUUACCCCUGGAUAUUCUCCGAUCAACCAUUAUUCCAACGCUGAUAGGAAAGUGGGAACAUUUGGAGGAUCUGAGUCUUGGAAGUUCUCGAAAUUUUGUAGAUAUAAUUACCCAAAUCAGCCUUUGCUGCAAGAAAUUCUCUGCCCUUCGUUUAUUGUCUGCCAGGAUUGGGGAAGCGGAGGCAUCAGCAAUUGUCACCAAUCUUCCAAAUAUAAAGUACCUGGUUCUCAGAGGGGGACAGAUCAAUUUUAAGAAUCUAGUGAUAAUAGUGGAAGGAUGCAAAAGCCUUGUCUAUUUAGAUGUAAGCGACUGCAUAGGUUUUGACCCUGAUGAUGAGAAGGUACUGGAGCUAGCUUCGCAUAUCAAGACAUUCAAGUGUGAAGGUUCAAUGCUGGAGGAGGAUUACUAUGAGGAUUACAAUGACUAUGAGGACUUUACUGAGUUUCUGAAGCUAAAAGCCUGGAAGAAUACUAGGAAUAUUGUGUUUGCUUGCAAUCCAAUCUCAGGCGAGUACAUUGCUAUUCCGGUAGCUGAUAAAGAAAAAAAUCGUAUAGAAAUGGAAGAAAGAAAGUGGGAGAAUUUAGAGCUUGACUGUUUAGCGAAUGUGUUUGGAAGGGUAGGAAUGGAAUCACUUCUACUGGAUGUCCCUUUUGUGUGCAAGUCAUGGUACAAAGCCAGCCUCGAUCCUUCCUGUUGGAAGCGGCUUGUUUUUCCUCGAAAUAUUGAAUCAGAUUGGAUGACUACUGGUGUUCUCUUACUGGAUAGAUUUAUGGAAGAAUAUAAAAUUGGAAACUGUUCUGUCGAUGCAUUUGUUAAAUUUAUAGUUGGUCGUAGCCAUGGGAAUUGCACUCGUCUUCUUCUUCCAAGUGGCUGUACAGAAGAAGUCGUAAAGUACAUUGCAGAUGAGUAA